AUCCACAUGCAACCGUAUCGAUGUCAGAGGAAAAAAAGGAUACUGGCAAAAGGACAAGCAUAGUAUUAAAUUGGAUUUCUGUGUGUCAAGACCUGUGUGGUUUGGGUUUCAUAUCCCGCUCGAAGAGCUCAAUUUGUCGGCGACACAUCUCACACGAGUGCCGUUCGCCACAAAUCCCAUCGCCUGAUGAUGCUGCAUUGUGCCGUCUGUUGUGUAAAAACGGCUUAGGUGGUUCACGAUGCAACAACUGCUCACGAAUCGGGUCAGUAAUGCCAAAUUUCGACGAAAUCUGCACCGCGACACGUUGCGACAUGCAAUUUCCGAUGCAAGGCUGCUCCGAAUGCGCAGAAAAAUCAUCUUCAGACGAAAAAGAGCUCUUCGCAGAUGCCACAGGAUCGACGACGCCGGAUUGGAAUGCUAUGUGUGCGGCUUUUUGUAAGCAAGGACAGGGCGGGUCUGCGUGCAAUUGUGACAAACUUCCGUUUUUACGUUCGGAUUAAAACUUUUACGUUCAAAACUUUAGUUUCGACUCACGAAAAACUUUUUUGUGUUGCAUACAAUUCCAAGUUACUGCUGUUAUGCAACAGUGUUGCACCACUUUUUCUUGUUUUAGUAACUUGUAUGCAACUUUACUGCACAAGUACCUUUGAUGCGAAUUUUUUUCCAUCAAAGGGAAUUUUUAUUAUUUAAAAAAAAAUUAAAAAAAAACCACUUUGUACAUAAAAAAAAUUAAAAAAAAAAUCAACAAAAUCGCAAAGGGCUUCCAAAAAUCUUCUGCGAAAAAAAAUUCAUGAAUUAUUUCACAUAAAAAAAAAAUAUUUAUUAUUAUUAGCGAACUCUAUUAGAAUCGCCAUAUCAUAUCAAACUAAUAAGUACAUCAUGUUAAAAAAUAUUUUAAUUUUUUUAAAACUUCAAAUAACUCGACAAACUGUACACAAAUUAUUUCCCUUAUUGAAUCAAUUAUUAAAAUUAAAUAAAAAAAAACAGAAAAAAUAUAUUAAAAAAUUAUGAUUCUUGCAACAAAACUUAGAAUUAAGGCAAAAAAAAAGUCUGCUGUGAGACAAAACAAUAAAAAAUCUUGAAAAUUCGUUAAAAUUUAUUAAAAAAUUAAUAAAAACGAAUUUUCAAGUAAAAAUAUUUAAAAUAAUUAAUUAUAAAUGUCUAUGCAUAAUAAUUAAAAAUAAUUAAAAAAAUAAUAAAUAAAAAAGAGAGAAAAGCUACCUACCACGAAUAAUUAAAUAUUACCGUGUGCUUUGAAAAAAAUGCAGAUCAUUACCAAAAAAAGAGUUAAAGCACCCACGAAUGUCAUCUCGUGUCAAAAUAUAUUCAUCAAUGUCAUCUGAAUGUAUACAAUAAAUAAAUGUGUAAUUAACAAAGAAGUAACUCGAACACCGUUUCAGACUUAUUGUAUCAAAAAAAAAAAAAUAUUUAAUGUAUUAAUUAAUAAUCAAAAAAAUAUUUAAUGGAAAAAAUAAAGAUCUCCCUGUGAGUCAAGGAAAGAAUUUAAAGUUAAAGUACUUUAAAAAAAAAGAAAAAAUAAAAU